UUUGGUGUUUGUUGAUGUGUUUUGUUUGAUGUUGACAAAGUUCAUUCACACACGUUUCCAUAAAGUUCAGCAAAAAAAAAAGUUCAACAAAAUUGUUUCUGGAAAUAAUUCUUCUGUUUCGAUUCAAUCAAUUUUUUUUCCGGUAAACAUUCUUCCGGCGAUAUUAAUUAUUGACGGAUCAUUCAUCUUUUUUUACGUCGUUGUAAAUUUCUGUAAUUUUAUUUGAAAUUUAAAGAGGAUACAUAUCUGCAAAUAACAUUCGAAUAUCAUCAUCACCAAUGAUGAAGGUGACAGAAUCUUCUUCUGUUUGACUGACUGACUGACUUUUGAAUAUAUUUCGCACAACGAAGCCGAUUUUACUGCCAAAAAAAAUCAUCUUUUUUUUUCUCUACAUCAAGAAACCUGACAUACUUUAAUUUAAAUAAAUCUUCUUUUUUUUCAAAUUUGCCAAAAAGAAAAGCAAACCAAAAAAACUUUGUUUUGUUUUUUUGCUCCUUCAUUGAUGAUCGAUUAAGGAGAAAUUUUUUCGGAAAUUCGGAAACUCAUUGAUUGUGAAAUUCUUCCCGGAAACCAAAAAAAUGGAAAUGCAACAAAUCACAAAUUGCCAUAAUGUUGAUGGCGAUAGAAAUCAUCGACAUCGAAGUCGACAAGAUCAAAGAUAUAAAAUAAAUGAUUUUAUCAAAUCAAUUUUAAUAUUCAUUGUGUUCAAUCAAAUGAUACAAUUAUCGUUGACUGAAUAUAAAAUGAAAACAACAUAUUUUGAAUAUAAAGAUACAAUGUCUGCAUUGAAUGCACCAUUUUCAGAACAAUUACGUGAUUCAAGACUUUGUGUAACAAAAACAACUUGUGGUGAUUGUAUUCGUACAAAAGAAUGUUCUUGGUGUAAUUUACCUGGGAAUUUUUCUGAUGAUCGUUGUAAUACAAUGUUUAAAUUACAAGAAAUGGGUUGUCCAUCAAUGCAUCUUUAUUCACCACAAACAAUAUUCGAUCUGGAAGAAGAUGAAGAUUUAUCCAAUAAAACGGAUGAAAAUAUGGAUCCAAUACAAUUAAAACCACAACGUGUUUCGAUACGUGUACGGCCACAAAUACCAAAAACAUUUACAGUUACAUUUAAACAAGCACUUGAUUAUCCAGUUGAUUUAUAUUAUCUAAUGGAUUUAUCAAAAUCAAUGGAAGAUGAUAAAGCAAAAUUAGCCGAACUUGGACAUGUUCUUGCACAAACAAUGAAAAAUCUUACCAAUAAUUUUCGUCUCGGGUUUGGAUCGUUUGUCGAUAAAACUGUUAUGCCUUAUGUUAGCAUAGUUCCGGAAAAAUUAAUUGCACCUUGUCCUGGUUGUGCAGCACCAUAUGGUUUUAAAAAUCAUAUGAGUUUAGAUACUGAUUCAAGUGAUUUUGUACGUAAAGUAAAUGAUACACAAAUAUCGGGUAAUUUGGAUGCACCGGAAGGUGGUUUCGAUGCAAUCAUGCAAGCUAUUGUUUGUCAUAAUGAUAUUGGUUGGCGUGAUAAAUCACGUAAAUUAUUAGUAUUUUCAACCGAUGCUGGUUUUCAUUAUGCUGGUGAUGGUAAACUUGGCGGUAUUGUUAAACCAAAUGAUGGUGAAUGUCAUUUAGAUCGUGAAGGUUUAUAUACUGAAAGUAUUACACAGGAUUAUCCUUCUAUUAGCCAAAUUAAUCGUAAAGUUCGUGAACAUCAUGUAAAUAUUAUAUUUGCAGUUACAAAAGAUCAAUUUCAUAUUUAUAAUCAAUUAGUUGGUGGUCAUAAUCAUUCACUGUCAUUGAUUGAAGGUUCAUCAGCCGGUAUGUUAGCUGGUGAUUCAUCAAAUGUUGUACAAUUAAUUGUUGAUGAAUAUCAAAAAAUAACAUCAGCAAUUGAAUUAAAAGAUAAUGCUACAAAUAAUAUUCGAAUGAGUUAUGCAUCUGAAUGUCUGGGACAACGUAAAGAAUCUACAAGUGUUUGUAAAGGACUUCGUGUUGGUGAUAGUGUUAAUUUUGAUAUAACAUUAAUGGUUGAUUCUUGUCCAUUAAAUCGUAAUGAUUGGAAACAAACAAUUAAAGUUUAUCCAGUCGGUCUAAAUGAUGCACUUUAUAUUGAUUUAGAAAUUAUUUGUGAAUGUGAAUGUGAAAAAGAAGAAAAUCGACAAGAUAAAAGUCCGGAAUGUGGUUUUAAAGGUAGCUAUCAAUGUGGUAUUUGUAGCUGUGAUCUUAAUCAUUAUGGACGAAGAUGUGAAUGUGAUGCAAAAGAUUCAAAUCCAGAUGCAAAAGAAGCAAGCUGUUUUCGUGGUAAUGAUACAAAAGUUUGUUCUGGACGUGGUAUUUGUCGUUGUGGAGAAUGUGAAUGUUCAAAACGUGAUUCACCUGAUGAAAAAGUUACCGGAAAAUAUUGUGAAUGUGAUAAUUUUAGUUGUGAUCGUUAUAAUGGUUUAGUUUGUGCUGGACCUGAUCAUGGUACAUGUGAAUGUGGUUCAUGUAAUUGUAAAGAACAAUGGACUGGACCGGAUUGUAGUUGUCCAGUUGGUAAUAAUGAAUGUAUCAAACCGGAUAGUGAUAAAAUAUGUUCCGGUCAUGGGGAAUGUGUUUGUGGUCAAUGUAUUUGUUUUACAAAUCAAACGGAACAAUAUACUGGGCAAUAUUGUGAUGAAUGUCCAACAUGUAAAAAUCGUUGCGAUGUUUAUAAAGAUUGUGUUGAAUGUCAAGUAUUUCAUACUGGACCAUUAGCUAUUGAUGAUUGUCAAAAUUGUACAUUAAAUCCAAUCACUUCGCCUGAUAUUGAUUCAAGAGAAGGAGAAUUAUGUGUUGUUUGGGAUGAAAAUGAUUGUGUAUUUAAUUUUAAAUAUCAUUUUGAUGAACAUGAAAAUCAAAUCUAUAUUUAUGCACAAGAACCAAAAGAUUGUCCUGAACCGGUAAAUAUAUUGGCUAUUGUUAUCGGUGUUAUUGUUGGUAUUGUAUUGAUUGGUAUUGCUUUUCUAUUAAUAUGGAAAUUAUUAACAACAAUUAAAGAUCGUCGUGAAGUUGCUCGAUUUAACGAGGAACGAUUAAAUGCAAAAUGGGAAACGGGAGUGAAUCCAAUAUUCAAAAAAGCAACAACAACAUUCAAAAAUCCUACAUACAAUGGAAAAUAACACCGAAAAAAAUAAUAUUGUUUUUUUUGAAUUUGUAUUUUGCUUUUUAUUUUGUUAAAUAUUGUUGUUGUUGUUGUUAUAUUUUUCACGAGAAAACCUAAACAAACAAAUCUUG